AUGGUGCAGACAGCCUCCCGAGUGAGUGGGGCAAUAGCUAGAGAGCGACCAAUCCACGAGCCAGCCCCUGGAAGCUCUGCGAAACGGCGAAUAGGAACGCAGCGGCUGCAGCCUCGACUGGCGCGCAAUAAUUUGAAUACACUCAAGGAGCGCCUGGCUCGGCUGAGGAGAGGUCGUCUGGUUCUGAGGCGCAGCCUAUUAUCAGACAUUCCAUCAAAGAAAUUAACAUUGGACUUUACUGAAAAUAUAUUUCCAUCACCUAAUAAAAAGGACAUUAUCCAAAGCAGUGAUAAAAAUGAAGAAGAGGAGCAUUGUUUUCAACAUGGCCACUUCAUUUCAACUCCAAUUAAUACAUCAUUUCCAACAACUAGAAAAAAUAGACUGCCAUCUGCAAAUCAAGGUUCACCGUUUAAAUCUGCUGUGUCCACUCUAUCCUUUUACAACAAAGAUAAGUGGUACCUCAAUCCAUUAGAGAGAAAGCUGGUAAAAGAGAGUAGACCUGCUUGUCUAAAAACUAAUAAUGAAGAUAAACCUUUUCCUAGUGUGAUGAAAAAAAUACAGGGAAAAUCUGUCUGCUCCAAGAAGAUGAACAAAAAAACACAGAAGAGUUUAACUGCUAAGUAUCAACCAAGUUAUAAGUACAUCAAGCCUGUAUCAAGGAAUUCUAAAAAUUCCACACAAAAUAGAGUGGCCUAUAAGCCAGUUGUGGAGAAAGAGAAUAAUUGUUAUUCAGUUGAAAAUAAUCUGAAUGUUCCUCGGGUUCUAAGUCAAAAAAUAAAACCACAAGUUACACUCCAGGGUGGAGCAGCAUUUUUUGUUAGUAGAAAAAAAUGCUCUUUUAAGAAAUUGUCUCUGGAAAAUAAACGAUUACUGGAGCUCACCCAGAAGAAUAAAUUAAAAGUGACUGAAGAUUCUGAUGCAGAGACCGUCAGUGAAAGAAAAGCUUUUGAGACAAGGCAAGUAACAAAGUGCUUGCGAUUAGGAAAGGAACUGAACAUUGAACUACCAACUUUAAGAAGUAAAAAUGAAGAGAAAUUAAUAAAGGAUUCAUCAGGUGGAGUAGUUUCUUCAAGAGAAUGUAAACUUGAUGAAAGUAAGCAUUUUCCUUCAGAUGAUUCUCUUAGUGAGGACAAGAAGGCAGUUUCUUCUGAGUCCAUUGUCUAUCCCAUCUUCAGUAUGUCUUCAGUCAAUACAAAACGAUCUCUAGCUGAAGAACCGUCUUCAACGGGAUCCAUCAUGUCUACUAACUUCUUGAAACAGGCUAAUACACAGAAAAAUGCCAAUACUAAAGACACAAAUAAAGAAAGUAAAGAUCAGUUCAUCAUUGAUGCAGGUCAGAAAUAUUUUGGGGCUACUAUGUGUAAGUCUUGUGGCAUGAUCUAUACUGCUUCCAACCCUGAAGAUGAACUACAGCAUGUUCAGUAUCAUCAGAGAUUUCUUGAAGGAAUCAAAUACACAGGUUGGAAGAAAGAACGUGUAGUAGCAGAGUUUUGGGAUGGGAAAAUCGUGUUGGUCCUGCCACAUGAUCCAAAUUAUGCUAUCAGAAAGGUAGAAGAUGUCCAAGAACUUGUUGAUAGUGAAUUAGGAUUCCAGCAAGUUGUUCCCAAAUAUCCACACAAAACCAAAACGUUUCUUUUUAUAUCUGAUGAAAAGAGAGUAGUUGGGUGUUUAAUUGCUGAGCCCAUCAAACAGGCCUUCCGUGUACUGUCUGAAACAACUGACUCAGAAUCCCCAAGCUUCAAAGAAUGUCACAGGGCUUGGCAGUGUUCAGACUUACCAGAACCUGCAGUGUGUGGAAUAAGUAGAAUCUGGGUCUUCAGACUGAAGAGAAGAAAGCGCAUUGCAAGACGACUGGUAGAUACUCUCAGGAAUUGCUUCAUGUUUGGAUAUUUUCUCAGCACUGAUGAAAUAGCAUUUUCUGACCCAACACCAGAUGGCAAAUUAUUUGCAACCAAGUAUUGCAAUACCCCUAAUUUCCUUGUAUAUAAUUUUAAUAGUUAAAGCCAAUUUCAACUAUAAAACAGUGACUUUGUGGAUAAGUAUGGAUGGCCCUUUAUCACACAGUAGGAACUAUGUCAACAAAAUAAAAAUUAAAAAUACUGAGAGCCCCUUUACCCCACCCACCCGAACCCCUAACCCCAGUUUUGUUACUUGUGGAUUGAAAAGUCAGGGCUAAAUUUGUUGAAAAUUAUCUAGGAGUUCAAAGAAAGGAAAACUCUUUGGGUGACAUAUACGGAUCAGCACUCUGAAUCCUUAAUUGGGAAACUUUGUGGCUGUAACAGUAGAAAAUUACAUGCCUCAUGUAAGAACACUGACAAAGCAAGGUGAUUUUCCACAGAAAUGUAACCAUUUAUUUUUUUAGUAAAGCAAACUUUUGAGCCGGGAUUAUAUCCUGCCCCAUUAGAAGCAAUCAGGCAAAUUUAAACCCAGGCAAAUAAUUUACAUGCCCAAUUUUUAAAGGUAAUUCCUGAAAUCUGUAUACAAAGUACUCACUUUACAGGCACUUUGCUGAAGCAACUCAAUUGGAAUAUAUUUAGAAAGUGUUCUGAAUUUCUAAUUUGUAACUAGAAAAGGUGGGAAAGAAUAAGUAAGAUAUUCAUAGCCUUUUAUAUAGAACAGAAUUUUAGAGUUUAAUGAUUUAAUCUUAAAAAUCAAAUUAAUCAAAUACACAACUGUCAUCAAAUUUUAUUGAAAUUAAACUUAGUGUACUAUUGUCAUUUCAUUAAUUUGUGUGUUAUGAAAAUGCUCAUGUUACUUAUCUUUACUGAACUUGUUCCUGAUAAUAUUAAGAAAAUGCAUGCCAAAUUGGAUUAGAUGAUUCAUUUUAUUUCAUUUUAAUUUUUUCCUUGUUUGAAAUUCACUUUACUUGUUCUCAGACAUCUGUCAGAAGUCCUAACAAAAUGUAUAGUAACAAAACCAAGGUUAGUAAAUAUAUCUAGGCAGUGGACAGAGAACAUGAUAACAUUAUAUAAAUAAACUUCAGUGUGUACACAUUUUCCUAGUACAUAUAAUUAUUGGAUACUUUGAAAAGCAAAGAAUUAUAUUCAGAUUGUUUUGAUUGAAAAAAAUCACUUAACUGCUCCCUGGAAAUAAGACUCUAGGGAAGUAGUUUUCAAUUUUGUUUUCAAGGUUGUAACUAUGUAGACUCUGAUCAUUUGUAAUCUUAAUCUUUAUUUGCUUUUAGGUUAACUCGAGUCCAAAAUUUAAAAGCCUAGGUUCCAAAAAGGAUAGGGAAGCAUUAAAAUAUGUGUACUUAUGCAAACAUUUUGAUGGUAUUUUCUGCACCGCUGCGUUUUUAAGAAAUUGUUUAAAAUAUUUUAUUUAAAAAUUUUAUUAACAUUAUUCGUUUGCUUAAUGUUUUUGUG